AUGGAACUUGAAGAGCCUUUUCAAGCUCCUGCUUCUUGUGAGGGGCAGGAAGGGACGAUUUCGAAGUUUACUUCAGCUUUUCAAACUGGCGACUACGUUGUCCUCGGAGUCGUUCUCGCGUUCUCCGCCUGCAUCGGCCUUUUCUUCGCCUUCAAAGAUCGCAAAAAGUCCAACGAUGUUUACCUCAUGGGCGGCAGGGAAGUCAGUCCUUAUCCAAUCGCUCUUUCUUUGGCGACAACCUUCUUUUCAUCCAUCACGAUUCUCGGAACGCCUAUCGAGUUUUAUCGCUUUGGAACGAUGUUUUUCUACUUUUCGAUUACGUAUUUGAUUUGCUGUAUUUUGGCCGCGGAGUUUUUCGGCCCAAUGUACAAGAAAUUCAACCUGACGUCGAUGUACGAAUAUUUGGAGCUCCGAUACAAUCGAUUCGUCCGACUCGUCGCUACAGCCGAAUUCAUCGUUCAAACCAUCUUCUACGUCGGCGUCGUUAUUUACACCCCUGCCCUAGCGCUUGAAGCCGUGAGUGGUCUCAAUGUCUGGGCAGGAGUUUGGCUAACCGGUGGAGUUUGCAUCUUUUACACUGCGCUCGGAGGGUUAAAAGCGGUCGUCUGGACGGAUUCUUUUCAGAUUUUGUGCAUGUUUGGAGGCCUUAUUGCUAUUAUUGCCAAAGGAUUUUCGUUUCAUGGCGGAUACGACGAAAUGAUUACCGAAUGGAGAGAAGGCGGCAGAAACGUUUGGGACGAUUUCUCAUUCGACCCUCGAGUUCGCCAUACUUUUUGGUCAAUUGUCAUUGGCGGCGUAUUGGGAAAUUGGGGCAACAGUUUUUGCACUUCUCAGGCUUUUGUCCAGAGAAUGCUCGCGACAAAGAACGUAAAAGACAUGCGAAAGGCGAUUUAUACUUGCUGGAUUUUUGCGACGAGCAUGCAAUGUGUUGUUGCCCUCUUUGCCGGGAUCGUUGCGUUUUCGUACUUCAAAUGCUGCGACCCGGAAAAAGCUGGUUUCGUCGAACGAAAAGACUCGCUUCUGCCAUAUUUGACGGUCGAAAUCUUCCAAGACUAUCCGGGAGUCGCGGGGCUCUACGUCGCCGGCGCGUUUUCCGGAACAUUGAGCACGGCCUCCUCGGGGAUCAAUUCGAUGAGCACCUGUUUUGUCACCGAUUUUUUGCAGCCGUACUUUAGUUUGAGCGAAAGAACUUGGGGGAUAUUAUCGAAAGUUUUCGCGCUUCUCAUUGGCUUGCUUUGCAUCGCUUUUGCUUAUAUCGCGGAUAACCUUGGCGGAGUCUUGCAAGCUGCAAUGUCGAUAAAUUCCAUGCUUGGGGGUCCAACCACGGCUCUCUUUGUUCUUUCAUUUUUCAACCCUUGGGUUGGCUCGGCGACAGCAGUCAUUUCAUAUCUCUUUGGGAUCGGAAUUGCGGUGUGGGUUUUUAUUGGGUCAAAAAUUUAUCCACCUGGACCGGAGUUUACUAAACCAAUGCAUCUUGAAAUUUCUGGCUGCAAUAUAACAAACUAUGAGCCCUGCAUUGCUGAUCCUAACACUGGCGAGUUUCCGUCAGUACCUUGGUGCGACGCUCCAGUCGAUGAUAAUCGACCCGGAAUCGCAAGUCUCUACGAAGUCUCCUACAUGUGGCUCGGAGCUAUUGGCUUUUUCACGACAGUCAUCAUAGGUUGUUUACUUUCUCUUAUCCCAAGGCUCCGACCAAAAGGCUGA